UUCAGCACUAGAUUAAACAACACCAUAAUCAUCCUGUUCACAGAACUUACGUUGAAUGGUUUAUACCAGCACUACAAUUAAGUAUUUGCUAGCAGGGAGAUACCGGCAAUAGAUAAAUACACAUGAAUCAUAUAAGCUUAAUAAGUCUUUCUGCGCCCAAAAGCUCAAAACAGAAUAUGGAGAAUGAAAGAACAAAAUUUAAGAAGUUCAUGAGAUUGGCAAAAGAUCAAACACCAUCUCAAGCACCUAAUUCUUAGAUGUUGUCCAGUGUUCUGCUCUCAGAUGUUCACAUGACUACUUGAUAUUUGCAGGAAGAGCAAUGUUAUGAGAAGUAUAAAAGGGUACUAUGGUAAUUACAGUAAUAAGUGUAAUUCUGUAUAUAUAUUGAAGUAUGGUAAAUAAGGAAUAAGAUAACACGAGAGAACUCUCUCCUUUCUGCUAUUCCUUCUACAGCUGUACUCUGCUCUUCUUUCUGCAGCUGUGCUCUUCUUUCUGCAGCUGUGCUCUGCUUCAUAUCACAACCCAUACAUCUGAAUACGUCUGAUCCAGUUUCAUUGCUUUGUUACAUGGUAUCGAAGCUUUCCUGGUAGACAUCUGCGCUGGUUGUCCACUUCAUCAAAAUCUGAUCUGGUUGUUCAUUUCCUCGAUCUACGUUGAUCCAACGGUCGGAUCAGCAAACCUCAUCUUACAAAGAUCUUCGUCGGAGGUUAGUGAGUCCCGGCGGAAGGUCAUCGACCUCAUCGCAGAGGCGCGCACUGUUCACGCAUGAUGGCUGGUAGACAUGCCGUUGUCGGGAUGUGAGUUCGAAAACUUGCUGGAAAUCCACAUCUUGGUCUUCUUCUUCCGCUGUGAAUGGGGCUAUUGGUGUGUGUUGGAAUGGUUUGCCCAGCUCUCUGAAGUGGGUCUUUGUGUUGAUCUGUAUUUCAGUUUUGUUUGGUAGUGGAAGUGUAGCAACUGAGACUUUAUUAUGAGUGAGACAGAACACAAAAUGGGAUCUACUGAGGUGGUUGCGGCUUCUACCAAGUUGACUGACCAGAGACUGGUUGGUCCUAAUUAUCAACACUGGCGGAAAAUUAUCCAAGUUACCAUUCGGGGAAUGGAUAAGGAAGACCAUCUUACUGGUACAGCACCUGAUUCUACUAAUCAUGCUACUGACUAUAAGGUGUGGAUGCGUGAUGAUGCACGGCUGUAUGGCCAACUGUUGAAUUCCAUGGACCGGAAGGUCUCUGAAUUGGUGACACACUGUGAUACUGUGAAGGAAAUAUGGGAAUAUCUGGGAGUUUUGUAUUCGGGAAAAAAUGAUAUGAAUCGACUCUAUGAUGUAGCAUUAUCUUUCUUUCGGCCUGAACAAAAGGACUCGAAUCUUAGUGAGUAUUUUGCUUCUUUCAAGAGCAUUUAUGAAGAGUUUAAUACUUUGAUGUCUUUAGAUUUAGAUCUGGAAAAGAGGAGACAACAACGAGAGAAGUUGGCUAUCAUUGCCUUCCUUAGUGGGAUGAGGUCUGAGUAUGAUUCUGCACGUUCCCAGAUUCUUGCUAGUGGCGAGACCUCCCUUACAGAAGCUUUUUCACGGGCUAACCGUUCGGUUAGGCCUACCUCUUUCAACCCCGAUCUCUCUGAGAGGUCUGGAUUAGUUGGUCAUGCUUCUUAUGAUGCUGGUGGUAGCCGUGGGGGUCGUGGUGGCCGUGGGGGUCGGGGUUUAGAUGGUAAAUUUACAUGUUAUCAUUGUGGGGGAGUGGGUCACACUCGUGACAGGUGUUGGAAGUUGCAUGGCAAACCACCACAGGUUCGCUCUGCAAAUGUAGUUUCUGGAAUGGAUAUGGGCAUCCAAGAUUUGAGUAUUAAUUCUGAGUCCCCAAGUGAGGGACGAGUGAGUUUGUCUGCGGCUGAAUAUUCUCGUCUUAUGAGUCAGAUAUCUACUUCUGCUCCCGCUACUACGUCUGCUACUACGAAUGCUUCGGCAUUCAUGUCAGUUUCUCCUCAUACGUGGGUGAUUGAUUCUGGCGCUUCCGAUCACAUGACUGGGAACACAGGACCGGUCUACGAAGCAGAUGAUUGGUAGAGGUUCUCUUACUUCAGGGGGAUUGUACGUCUUGGAUGUUAGACCUUCUUCCUUGUUCGUGUCAAGUCCUUC